AUGGUCAAACAACUAGCUGUUAAUAAUCCUCAGUUUCAACAAAGAACAAAAUCUAGUAUUCAAACCUUGCAGACACAUAUUGGGCAUCUUACCACCUCAAUUAAUGCCAUGCAAUCCCAAGGGUCAAACCAACUUCCUGCCCAAGCAGUUGUGAAUCCAAAAGGUCCUAAUGCCAAUGUCAGUGCAAUUUCUUUGAGGUCUAGAAAGGUCACAGAACCAGCCCCCAAAAAAAAUAAAAAAAAUCUUGAGGUAACAUCUGAACUUUCUUCACCUUCUUCUGUUGUGGUAGAAACUGAAAAGAAUACAGAAAAAGAAUAUGUACCACCAGUCCCCUUUCCACAUAGAGUUCUGAAAAAUAAAAGAAUUGAGGAAGAAGACAAAGAGAGGGAGAUCUUGGAUGUUUUUAGAAAAUUUGCGUUAAACAUUCCGCUUCUUGAUGUCAUUAAGCAGGUUCCUAAGUAUGCAAAGUUUCUGAAAGAUUUGUGUACAAACAAGAGGCGGAUGAAAGGUGGUGAGAGAGUCAACUUGGGAAGAAAUAUUUAUGCUUUUAUUCAGCCCAAGCCCCAUUCUGAAAAAGUUACAGGCGAGCAAAAUGUUUCAGCCAUCUCUCAGGUCUUGCCACAAAAGUGCAAGGACCCGGGAACUUCUACUAUUCCUUGUUUAAUCGUUCAGUUGGCGAACAGGAGCAAUGCAUGCCCUGCUGGUAUAAUGGAAGAUGUCCUUGUUCAAGUUAACGAUUUGAUUUUUCCUGUAGAUUUUUACAUCUUGGACAUGGAAGGAGAAACUAAGUCAAACAUUGUCGCAAAAUUUAACAUCUUCGAUGCCAUGAAACAUCCCUUGGAGGAGCACUCUAUUUUUCAUAUUGAGUUGGUAUUUGAUUUGGUUGAUGAAACUUAUUCUGAAUUGUUUUCACUUGAUUUUCCAUCCUUACUUGGAUUUGAUGAUGUUUACUCAUGUGUUGAUUGUACUGACACUGACAUUUGUGUUGUAUGUGCUGAGAUUGAUGCUGCCUUACAGGGUGACAUGUUUCCUACAGGUGAAGUUGUUGUAAAGGAAGUUGUUUAUGCAGCUGAUGCUCUCGACAUCCCGGCUUCCCCAAACGCCCCAUCCAUCGAGCAACCCCCGUCCUUAGAGCUGAAAUAA